GUGAAGUGUUUUCAGAUUAAGUACGUCUCCAAUUCUCAGUCCCUUUCUCACCAUAUAGACAUCAAUGCCAACUUCCUCUUUUCUCUUUCCCCUGCUCUUCGUUUUAGCCUCAAUCUCAAUUACAAAUGGGGCUCAACUCAUUCUAGUAAACAACUGCAAUGAAAGUAUAUGGCCUGGUAUACUUGGCACUGCAGGCCUAGCCACUCCCCAAAGUGGCGGUUUCCACCUCGGCAGUGGCCAAGAACUAGUUCUUGAUGUACCUGAGAAGUGGUCAGGAAGGAUAUGGGGCAGGCAGGGCUGUCAAUUUGACAAUGAUGGAAAAGGCAAUUGUGAGACCGGCGAUUGUUUUGGCCAAUUGCAUUGCCAGGGGAAAGGGGGUGUGCCUCCAGCAACCGUGGUUGAAAUGACACUCGGAUCAUCAACUUCACCCCUGCAUUUCUAUGAUGUGAGCUUGGUUGAUGGAUUUAAUCUGCCCGUGUCAAUGAAACCAGUUGGGGGUGGAAUAGGCUGUGGUGUUGCCUCAUGUGAGGUUGAUUUGAACGUUUGCUGCCCAUCAGCAUUGGAAGUGAGGAGAGGAGGCAGGGUUGUGGGGUGUAAGAGUGCCUGCUUGGCUAUGCAAUCUGCUAAGUAUUGCUGCACAGGAAGCUAUGCAAAUCCAAACACUUGCAAGCCAACCCUUUUUGCGCAUCUGUUUAAGGCCAUAUGCCCCAAGGCCUAUAGCUAUGCUUUUGAUGACUCUUCCAGCCUUAACAAAUGCAGGGCUUCGCGGUACGUCAUCACUUUCUGCCCUGCCCAAUGAGCAAUGGCUGAAGGAGAUUUUAGACAUUGUCAAAUAUAUUGUUCUGCAAUGAAGCCAAUGGCUUUUGUAGUACUAUUCUAUACUUAAAAGUGAGGUUCUUAUUUUUUUUUUUUUCUUCAUUAGAAGAUUGGAUCUACUUUCUUUUUUUGAUCUGUUAGAAGCCAACUUUUAAGUCACACAUCAACUAUCACAUAAUAUAACCAAAUGAUGUGAUCCAUUAGAAAUUACUCUACAGAAAUUAAAUGGCAGUUUCCUGUU